GUUGCUCCUCAGCAGUUACCCGCUGCACAACACGCUGCAGCCGUUCUUACGUGUCUGACCGACAUCGGAGCCACGAGCUGCUCCGGCUGCCGGAGCACACGGAGCGGCACCCAGCAUGCACCCAGCCCAAAGCUGCCUGUGUGGAGGCUUGCUGCAACGCUGCGCGCCACGACAAAUCGCCCGCCUCCACAGAGCAGUCGGCCAGCCAAAAACGGCAGCGGCUGAUCUCCCCAGGGCAUCGGGGACGGAAAAGCGGGAGGCGCUCGGGCAGCAUCGCUAAGAGGCGGCAGCGCCGGCGUCUGAGAACCUCUUGCGGGCCCGACUGGUACAGCGGUGGCAGCAACAACAGCAGCUACAUCUUGGCCUUGUUCGUCACCUGCUUCGUGAUGCCCCUCAGCCUGAUUCUCUUCUCCUACACCAAUCUGCUGAUGACCCUGCGAGCCGCUGCGGCGCAGCAGCGGGAAUCGGAGACGACGCAGCGGGCGGAGCGGGAGGCGACGCGCAUGGUGGUCGCAAUGGUGAUGGCCUUCCUCGUCUGCUGGCUGCCCUACGCCACGUUCGCCUUGGUGGUGGCCACCAACAAAGACGUCGCCAUCCGGCCAGCUCUUGCGUCUCUGCCCUCCUAUUUCUCCAAGACCGCCACGGUUUACAAUCCAAUCAUCUACAUCUUCAUGAACAAACAG